AUGGAGGCCUCAACGGAGGACGGAGAGGAUAGUCGAUUGAGCUUAUCCCGAGAGUACUAUACCAUCUCCAUCGCUGUCGUCGUCAGUACGACCAAGUUCAUCGUCACCGUCGGGACUCUCCAGUUCUCCAACACCGCCAAGUCUCGCCACCAGAUGAAUCCUCUCAAACAAGACCGCUGCCCCGUAUUCUUGGUCUUUUGGGAUGCUUCUCGUGGCGAGCUCCGAUCGUGGCCGAUCACGUUUGGAAAGCCACAGCAGGGCGGUCGCCAAUGA